GAAGACCUGUUUUCUGCUGAUAUUACCUUGUCCUUUGUCGAAGCAAACAUUCUUCUCCUCGGGUUUGAUCAUUCACAAGCCAGUUCUCUCUUUUGCCAGUUCUCUUGUUGCGAACUCUUGUUUUCUUUCUUGAAAAAACAUAUCUACGCGAAUCUUGUUUUCUUUUUUUUGUUUUUUCUACGAAACUGUUAACAAAUAAACGAAAUGCAUUUGUUACUUUUCAUCCUACCGCUGGUGGCAGCGAUUCCUUUACAAAGUGCCCAGAAAAGAUAUGAUUUAACCAUAGAAAAUGGUAAAUUAAAAUCUGUGAAAUUCAUCGAACCUAGCGAUACUCUAGAUUUAUCAAGUCUCGAAUUAAUCGAAAUCGAUAGGAAUGCAUUCGAAUACGUUAAGCACAUCAAAAUAUUAAUCUUGUCUAACAAUUCUCUGAGCAAUUUGCACUCCGCCAUUUUUUCUGAUUUGAAAAACUUAACUAAAUUGUCAUUGGCCAACAACAAAAUCAACAAUCUCGGCACGCCAUUCGUCGGAUUAGAAAAUCUCAACGAAUUGGAUAUCUCUCACAAUCCGAUCGACCAAUUAAAACGUGGAAAUUUGUACGGUUUGAACGAAUAUACCGAUAUAAUGACAUUCGGUAACGUAUUAUCGAAUAUAAAUACCGAUCUUUUCGUUAAUUUAUUAAACAACGAUAAUAACGAUGACGAUAAACGUAUUAACGAUAAUAAAGAUGAAGAAAGUACGAUUGAAACUCUAGACAGAAAAAUACGUGAGAUCGAAUCGAACGAGGAAAAAGAAAUUUAUCAAAGGUUUAAAAGAGAUAUCAGCGGUCAACUCGCGGAAAAUCCCAGGGUUAAACUAUGCAUGAUGAAUGAUGUUGUAACGUUGGUAAACAGUUUAAACGAUAAGGAAACUUUACCGAGAGGAUGCAAAGAAGUUACGUUGAAUGGAAAUCCGGGACAACUCGAUCUUCGUAAUAUGAAUAUCAGAUCAUUUCAAAAUGGUUGGUAUCAAUUAAAUGUAUCGUUGAGUUCGAUCGAUUUAUCAGAAAAUCAAAUUAACGAAGUAACUAAAGAAUUGUUAAACGAUUUGCCAGCUAACAUAGAAUUCGUUAAUUUUGCUGAUAACGAGAUAAAUCAUUUGCGAAAGGACGUUAUAGUAAAUCCAUAUCUAAAGAGACUUAAUUUCAAGGCCAAUGUUAUAACAAACAUCGAUAAAAAUACAUUCGAUAAAACUAAUUUAAUUAGUUUAUUUUUAGCCGACAAUCAAUUGACCAAUUUAGAUUUCGUUAAAACAUUGCCAUCGAAUUUGAGUCAUCUCGUUUUGACAAGCAAUCAAAUAGCAUCGAUAGAACCUGGCACCUUUUCCUAUCCUAAACGAUUGACUUACAUCAAUAUGGGAAAUAAUAAAAUCACUAAAUUACGUGAUCACACUUUCGAGGGCCAAGAAAAUUUACCUGUUUUGAUUUUAACGAGAAAUCGCAUUAGCGAGAUCGAACCUAAAGCAUUCUCCGAUUUGAAAAUGUUGACGAUACUUUAUCUUUAUCAAAAUCUAAUCAACAAAUUACCCAGAAAUGUAUUCACCGAUCUUACCAAUCUUCAAGAAUUGACUCUAAUGGGGAACAAAUUUACCACCAUAUCCGAGGAGACUUUUCCCAUUUUACCAAACUCAUUAGCAUCAUUGAAUCUCGACUCGAAUGAAAUCACAAGUUUGGAAAAGGGUAGCUUCGUUAAUGCACCGCAACACACGUUAUCCUUAAAUCAAAAUCAAAUAUCUAAUAUAGCACCUGGUGCAUUCCAACUUCCUAAUCUUCGUAAUUUGUAUUUGAGAAAUAAUACUCUUACCACCAUAAACGGUGACAGUUUUCAAGGUUUACCUAAGUUACUACAACUUAGCCUUUCUAAUAAUAAAAUUGACAACAUCGAAAAAGGUUCUUGCAAACAUUUGGCCAGUUUACAAAACUUGCACGUUUCUGGUAAUCCCUUCCAACGACUGAACAAUGGUGCAUUUUAUGGUUUAACCAUAGACAAAGGCAACUUCGUUCAAAUUGAGAAUAAUCAAUUGAAAUCUAUGAAAGCUGGUAUAUUCUUAGAUGUUUAAAAUUUAUACAUUUUUUUUUUUUUCGAUAAUAUUUUAGAUUCAAAGAUAAAUCAUAAUAAUGUCAUUCGAUAAACUAUAAUUUCAAAUGUUUUAUAAGAUUAAACAUGUGAUAUAUAUUAU